AUGCCUGCUCUGUCCCGAAAAUCACCUCGAUCCCUUCCCGCGUCCAUUGUUGUUCACUCUUAUCCACGCAGCCUCGCCGCCCGCACGACGCGUACUUUCUCCAGGAAAAUGGCGACUUUCAAUCGUGAUCAUGAACACUUUUUCCGCUAUACAAGUGGAAGAUGGCUCUGGGAUGAAGAACAGCAACUUCGAGACAGGUAUAAGGCCUUUAAUGUUGCAGAACUUCAAAUAGUGGCGGCGCAGGCCAUUGGCUCCGGCAAUUGCGUAUCGAUGAUAAAGCUGGCAGAGGGAGGAUACAACAAAGUAUUUCGCUUGCUUAUGGAUGACGGGAAACAGGUGCUGGCACGUAUCCCAAAUCCAAAUGCCGGACCUCCAUUUUAUACAACCGCCUCCGAAGUUGCCACUAUGCAGUUUGCUCGAGAUAUACUCCAAAUUCCCAUUCCCCAAGUAUUGGGGUGGAGUGCCACAUCUCAUAAUUCUGUGGGUUCGGAAUACAUCAUCAUGGAAGAGGCGACUGGGACCCAGCUUGCAAUUCGAUGGGAUAGUCUGGGCCCAGAUGUGAAACUCUCCGUUAUGAGGGAGGUUGUGUCUAUGGAGACGAAGAUGAUGUCUCUGUCAUUUUCACAGUAUGCUUUCUCCCAUUCAUUGUCAUGCGCGAAUACUUAUGUCUUGGCCGUCAGUUACGGAAGCAUUUACUUUGCAAGUGAUGCAGUGGAAGGCGCAGUUCCAGCUAAUAUAAUCAGCGAAACUUCCGCCGAAUUGAAAGAGAAGGUGUCGAAGGCGUACACUAUUGGACCUACCGUUGAUAGAGGCUUCUGGAACAAGGAGCGUUCGACUAUGGAUAUUUCACGGGGCCCCUGGACAAAUCCUAAGGACUACGCUGUAUGCGUGGGACGACGCGAAAUCGAGUGGAUUAAAAACUAUGCGGUUCCGAAGCCACCUAGUGAGGCGAGAUUGAUUUCGAAGGCCCAAAGCUGUCCGCAAGCGCAUAUUCAGCUACUGGAAAAAUUCUUACAGAUUGCACCUUGCCUUAUGGACGUUGAUCCCGAACUCACUCUCUCGACCUUAUGGCAUACAGACCUUCAUUCAUCCAAUAUUUUUGUGGCUAACGGUCAUAUAACAGCCAUCAUUGAUUGGCAAAGUUCGUGGGCUGGUCCGCUCUUCCUCCAAGCGCAGCCGCCACCGCUCGUUGACUAUCAAGGUGGCGUUCUACUCAAACGUCCGGAUAACUUUGAUAGUCUUGAUCCGGAGCAACAGACUGAGAUUAAGCGAAAGAUAUUCAAAUCGACGCUUUUCCAGCUUUACCUGGUGGAAACUAAGAAGCGCAAUCCUAUGCUUACAAAAGCAUUCCAUAUUGACCAUGGGAAGACUAGACGCCUUCCUAUUGAACUAGCCGGCAAUACGUGGGAUGAUGACAUUGUGUCUUUUCGGGAGGCGCUUAUCAAUAUCGAAAAGUAUUGGAAAGAGCUCGGUAUCCAGGGGGAAUGUCCGUACCACUUCUCACGGGACGAGUUAGCUGGACAUGCGCUUGACGCAGAAGGAUGGAAUGAAGUCCAAGACUUCUUUGACAGUAUCGAGGAUCUCGUGAAGAGGGAUGGUUGGACACAUCUGGAGACAUUUGACGUUGCCUUAAGGUUUUUCUCGGACCUCAGAAAAGGGGGCCUUGAGCAUCUGAAAGGCGAAGAUAGGGAGAAUUUCGAAAAGGAGACCCGAUGGGCCAAUAGCAGACAUUGA